ACGUUUAAUUAAACCUGAGGCCAUAUCACGUCACGCUGCUCGAUUUCUUAAGGCGUAUCUGUAGCGGUCAUCAAAUAUUUACUUCCCGUGGAUGCGGAUUUCGGGCCGGGCUCGCCGUUUUUCCUUGUCUCGUUCAAUAUUUACCGGAGAUGUCCGCAAGAUUUCGUUCUCAGUUUCGUUUCGAUCAAACAUGACAGAACACACGUUCCUUGUAUUACUUCUUUUCUCUGUAUUCUGCCAAAUUAACUGUAUCCAAGAAAAAACCUCGUCGUGCGGAAAGAUUUUUCUCGAAGAAGAAUUCGAAAUAUCCAGCGAUAACUACCCUGAUCCAUAUCCGCCAGAUUCCGAAUGUUUUUACCUGUUAAAAGGCAACAAUUGCACCGCCAACUUCGCGAUCAGGUUUCUGGACUUCGACCUUAAAGACAGUAAGGGUUGUACGGAGGAAAGGUUGGAAAUAGGACACCAGGCUGCGCUGUGCGGCGCGCGGAAUGGAUCCAAGUCGUAUAUUGCCGAAGAGAACGCUUUGAGGCUCAAGUUUAUAUCGGAUAAACAGCCUGGAAAUAAAGGGUUUAAGUUGCUAAUUAAGAGGAUCGACUCGUGCGCUGAAAAUGUCACUGAAACAGAGAAGCGGGAUAGGUCUGACAUCGAUCCCACGACAGAAUCAGUGGAAGAAAACCCAAGAAACGCUGUAACCUUUCCACAACCAACCUAUCUGCCCCCGCCGCCCGAAACCUGUUGCGAAAACAACGUAUUUUCCGCCAAGAAAAUAUUCCUGCUAAGUCCCGGUUUUCCUUAUUCGAUCAGUAAGCCGCACGAUUGCAUCUACGUAAUCGAAAAAGUCAACAACAACGUUUGCAGGCUGAGGAUCGACGUCCAUUUCUUCUCAUUAGGACGACCGACACAAAACUCCUGCUCGGACGGCUAUAUUGAAAUCGAUGGAAAGUUUAUAUGCGGCUGUAACAGGGAGGUGAAGCUGAUCGCUAAUUUUCGAGAGGAAAAGAAGAAGUUUAUCCGGUUCUUUAAUACGGAAACGGUUACCGGUGAGAUGACUGGGUUUGUUUUGGAAAUAGCGCAGGAUGAAUGUCCUAAAAGAUAUACGCCUGAAGAAGCGCCGAUUUCUGAGAAAGUCGCUAAAAAAUUUAGGUUCUAUAAUGAUCAAUAUAACAGAGUAUCUUGGCCGGACCAAUCCAACAUAAAUCAACUUAAAUUAGUUAAUGAACGAGUGGACCGAAUAAAUUCAGAUAAAAAUCAAGAUGACAUCUACAGAUAUGUGUAUUUUUUUGCUCCAGAAGAGGAAAAUAUUUCGGUUAAUCAAGUUCAGGACAAGGAAGAAACGAAUUAUAUCGAAAUAUCCUCUAUUAAUACCUUAUUGACUGAUUUCUAUAAUUACCAGCAGUGUUUGACAUGGAAUAAAAAUCAGCUAAACAUAUUGAUGCGAAGAUUUGGAAAUGCUUUAUACAAUAUGUGUACGAUUCGUACAAGUAGCUCUAAUGAACAUAGUAAAUGUACAGUACUUAAUUCUUUGUCUGGUUACAUUAAUAGUCCUGGAUAUCCGCUGAGUUAUUUUGGAAACCAAAAUUUAUGUUACAGAUUUUAUUUUUCACCCGGCUAUUGUACUUUAAAUUUAGUCUUCAAUGACUUUGAAGUUGAAAGCAGUUACGAUUGUCAAAAGGACUAUCUGACUAUAGAGAACAAUCGAUACUGUGGCGACUACCUUAAAAGGAAAACAGUGACAAUAUCCGCACGAGGCAGGCCCUAUCAGGACAUAACUUUCACCAGCGACAGCAAUUAUUGCGGUAAAGGAUUCUCGGCUCAAUAUCAACAGGUCUCCUGCCAUCAGAGCGGACAGGAUGUGGGAUGUCGGCCCCCGACGGGGGGUCCAGACGCACGAACGGGCGCGAAUUGUGGCCGGGUUAUACGGGAGAAUACCUUUGUUAUUGGGAAUAUUCCCAGAGGCAGGAAUUGUUACUACGAAGUGAGGAAAUUUAGUCAGGACGUGUGCAAGAUAGAACUAUACUUCGAACACUUUAAUUUGCCGUGCAAUUUUGAGAGCUUUACCAUUAAUGGGCGGAACUAUUGCGGGGAGCUGACUGGAAGGACAAUUAUUGUUGAUGCUCUUGACUAUAAUGUCAUUGUUUACCAAAAUUAUGUGAAUACCUUGAUACAAACAUCUCAGUUUCUUGUUAGAGGUAGACAAAUUACGGAAUAUUGUAAUCCGGAUCUACCUCCACCAGUACGGGUUCAAACACACAGAGUUUCAAACUCAUUCUCAGACAUAUGUGAUUCAUUAAAAAGAGCAUCGUCAAGUAGGGACCUUCCAAAGCAAAUAUGUGAUUAUUUAUCAAAAUAUCAUGGUGCGGAAAGUUGUACCUUUUCCAAAGCUGCCAUCAUAGAUCGGUCACCUGGGAGUAAUGCAACAAAAAUAUUGUUAUCCAAUCAAGAGCAAGGUGGCGUAACAGAAAUUGAAUGUACGAAUCUCUAAAGGUUUUAUUAAUGUAUAAUUAAUUCAUAUGUUUUAUAAACAAUCGCUUUUAAAAAGAAAACUGUUAUUUAUAAAUAUAUUUUAUGUG